AGUAUUAAGGUGAAGUACACCCACCACUUAAACGUUAGGAGCUUUCCAAGUUAAUUUACAAAACAAGUCAUGUGCGAAAUCAUUUAACUAGAUCUCGGUUUAAAUCAGUGUAGCCUAACUUGAGUCUUGACUUGUUGUACCGGGUAAACUUGCCGGCCAGCUUCUUGUACCCGGAACGCCCCCCACAAAUCGAAGAAGCGGCAUCGCGUCGAUGAUGGCGUCUACCUACCAAACAAAUUUCCGGGCCGGCUCACUAUUUGCGGUUAACUUUUUCCUAGUGAUCAAUAGCGAGACCAAAAUUUCAUUUGUGAUUAUGAUGGACUUGGCGGUUGGCCUAAACUUUUAAUAAUUUAGCUGUGUAAAACAAAAAGCUCACUCACUGCACUCAUUCAAUGAACAAGGUUGAUUACCGGGUAUGACCUUUUGAGGUUGGCAAUGUUUGGCUAAUUUUCUCUUUUUCUUUGGAACAAAUGCUCAAUUGUUUAACACUUUCAGAUUCCAUUGGCAUUACAGCUAUUUUUAGUCUCUGCUCCUUAAUUCAGUGUCUUCCAUUCCAUAUUCUCUCUCUGUUAAUUCUCAUCCCUUGGUUCGGAGAUCAUCGGGUCCAACCCGCAUGUGAAGUAUCAUGAAGACUGAAUGUUAGUGACUCUUCAGGCCAGGACUCAGGAGAGCACUGGAGCGGCUAAUAUGGAUUUUUGUGAUAUAUAUCAAACUCACUUUUAAUAGCUUAGCAUUAUUUAUAUCCAUGAUGGGGAGCUCUGAGACUGAGUCAUAGGCAAUAAGAACAGCUUGGAGGAAAUUGUAAUUGUAGUUAGCUCUGCUUUAUUAGAAAAGUGCUCCAGAUACCAUCGAUGAUCUUUUAAUAUCUCCUUGAAUUUCAGUAUGAAAUCAGUAAUAUACCGUACUACUACUCUAGAUCCACUCACACUAGUACGACAAUACGCCAGACAGUGGCCUGUACUUAUAGAGAAGAAGAAGAAGAAGAGGUUAGUAUAUACCGUACCGGUAUACUAAUCUCGUACACCGGACCGUGUUUGACCCUGGAUUUCGAAGUAGUCGGCAAACAUCGCUUCAUUGCUGAAGUAAUAUUUGCCAAAACUCCUUCUCGCUACUCACCGGGGCUCUUUCCGGGCCUGAAAUUGAAUCAUAUUUUACGAAAUGGCUGAUGAGCGUUGGAUCCUGUCCUUGAUUCCUGAGGUUUCAUUUACAGCUUCACCGCAUCUGAAACGGUUGAGGGAGGAUUACAACAUCCUUUUUUUGACGGACUUCGAUAAGGACAGAGAAUCCUUCUACGACAAACUAAAAGUCAUCAUCCUUUCGCCUUCUGACAAUGGGAUGGAAAUCAAUGAAGAGUUUUUAAGGAAGACAAGGAAUUUGAAGGCUCUGGUGACGAUAAGCACGGGAAUAAGCCACAUCGAUAUACCGCUACUCCGAAAGUUCAACGUUAAGGUAUGCAGUGUCUCGGGUUCAGUCACAGCCGAAACCACGGCAGAUCAGGGCUUCCUACUUAUUAUGAUGGCUAGCAGGCGUAUAAUGGAGUUCGUUGAAGUAGUCAAAACUUACGCAGGGUCUGUAGAGAAGAAGUCGUCUUGGAAGGUACCUUUAAGACUUGUUGGUCGUGACGUUCAUCACGCCACCCUUGGCAUUGUGGGAAUGGGAUGGAUCGGGUUCGAAGUAGCCAGACGAGCCAAAGGUUUUCAGAUGAAAGUCUUGUACCACAAUCGGCAUAGACGAGAUGACGAUGUUGAGGUCGGAGCGACAUAUUGCCCAACGUUAGAAGAUCUUCUGCCUCAUGUCGACUACCUGAUGCUGACCCCACCCCUGACGGAGGAAACCAGGGGCAUGAUGGGAAGGGAUCAAAUGAAACUCAUGAAACCAUCUGCCAUUAUCAUCAAUGUAUCAAGAGGUCCCAUCAUUGUGACCGAUGACUUGGUGGAGGCGCUGAAGGACGGUACGAUAGGGGGCGCUGCCCUGGACGUGACCGACCCCGAGCCCCUUCCCAUCAAACAUCCACUGCUGCAUAUGCCGAACGUCAUCAUCUCCCCCCAUGUGGGCAUGUACACCCGCGAGGGCGUCUCAAGGAUUACUCUGGCUUCCGCGGAGGAUGUCAGAGCAGCCAUGGAUGAUGGAGAGUAAUCAGGCAGGUGUUUCGUAAAGCUGUUUUUACCACAAUAAAUGUUCACCAAUCCCUGCUAUUAACAAUAACCAAAGGGCGACACAACAUUUGCUCCUGCGACAUUUGCUCCGAUCUUAAUACCUCAGAGGGCAUAGGGUUAGAGAUUGGAUUGUAAUAGAGUUUUGGUUCAGAAUAAUGUAAAGAUAAAGGAUUAGGGUUUAUUAAGUUUUGGGAGGUCAGAUUUUUUGUUUGGCUUAACGUGCAGACUUUCCAUCGGAGCAAUGGUCGCCAGAGCAAAUGUCAUGGAACCAACUGAAGGUUCCCGGACGCAGCGCAUGGUGUGAAUUUGCCUUUCACUCUGUGCACUGAAUCAGAAAUUCUACUUUGUGUUCAGUGAUGCGUGACCAAACGACUUCCGUUCUACUCGUACCAUGGCUAGCGCUUGUCAAGGCGCAUCUGCUUUCGCACGUACCGCCAUCUCAAUCUCGUCUUACAUUUCAGGGAUGAAUCAUCGUAAAACCUGCUACUUGUGUUAUCCCCUCUUAUAUACCUUUCUUACCUACAAGCUACUGGAAGUCACUGGUCCGUAUUCUGAAGUCAGGUUUAACUUAUACCACGGUCUAAGUCGGUGCUAAAAUUAUGGGGAGCCAACAAUUCAAAAAUUCUGUUUAUAUUGUAUAUUUCUUAUGUUUACUAUUUUUGUUUCCUUUUGCUUUCAUAAUGAAGAAAAAUACUUAUCAUUCCCAGACAAUUAUGAGCAAUUUAGGUGUCAUCAUGAGUUAGUAAAUUGAAUGUGUCCUGUAAGGGAUAUCUGCUCCAAUUGGCUCUCCAUAGUUUUUAAACCACAACUUUAAACCAGGGUUUAAUUUAAACCUGAGUUCAGAAUACGGGCCACUGGGUCACUCAAGGAAACGGGGUGAGCUGCAUCCGGGAACUUUUGGUUGUCGUCGAUAGCGAAAAUUUAGUGUACAGUCGUGCACAUUGUCAUGCACAACUUAAAAAUGGCUCAACUCUUUGCCCACCACGGACACAAUCCUUCCUGUGUCACAUUAUUAAUUUAAUGAUAAAUUCCAGUUCUGGUACCAACGAUCUCAAAAUGACUUUUUAUAGAAUCUAAUAUAAUGACCACCCAAUUGUCUGUUUGUAUGAAUAAAAAAUUAGGGCCAAAGGAUUCUGGAAGAAAUUGUGUAAUUGCUGAGAAAUAAGCAAAAUAAGCGCAGAUUCGGUCACUUCCGUCAGGUCUUUAUUCCAGCAAUAAUAAUACACUGUCCCACUGUGCCUAUCUGUGUUGGUGAACUUCAGUGUGAACAUUUUCAGCGUAGAUUUCAAGAUUUCACAAAGUUCAGUUUAUGUAACUGUACCAGAUCUAGAUCCUCGAUGAUAUACUGACAAUUAAGCCUGGUUUUAAAGACUUUCUCAUGAAAUCAGUGCUUACUGCAACUGGCAUUGCUCUUUAAGGGUGCAACCUAAAGAGGGGCUUUGCACGGAUUAUGCAAAUCAACUCACGAUAACUUUUGAUUGGUUUGCAUGUGUGUGUGCAAGCUCCAUCCAGCCUAUGGUUAUCGAUGGUAAAAAUGGAUGAUAUCACAGAUUCUAAUAAUAGACCUACCAUUUAUUUUU